AUGUUUCGGUAUCUAUUUUCAAAUGUUCGAAGAACCUCAACAUUUCCUAUUCGCAGAACCAGAACCUCAACUCCUGGUAGAACCUCAAAAUUUCCUAGUACUCGUAAAUCUUUAACACUUCCUGGUAGAACCUCGGCAUUUCCUGAUUCAACUCGCAGAACUUAUACCGUGUUAAACCAAAAGGUUACUUACACGCUAAAAGAAUUCCUAACAGAAUACGAAAGGAGAGCAAAAGAAGCUAGCGCAAGAAUGGAGAAGUUUAUUAAUGAUAAAAUCGAAAGCCUUAUCUCAAGUGUAAAUGAUAAAAUCGAAAGCCGUAUCUCAAAUGCUGAAAAUAAGAUGUUGUUGGGGCCAUAA